AUGGAGCGCGACGUAGAAAUGGCGCGUGCUGCGCUUUCCAAUGCGCCUGGAUUGUCUGAUGAAGUGAUCGAAUCGCCAAUUGCAAAGCUAGGCGAAGGUCCUGCGGACGAUAUUGCACCGCUGCCGGUCGGCAGCGCCGAGCCUGUGGCGGAGAAGGUUCCCUCUACGGAGACAGCGAGCCUUUCGGGUGCUGGCGUUGUGAGUGCAGAGGACCCCCUGCUUGGUGCUCCGACUGCCAAGGAGCCUGCUGCUGUCACGCCGGCUAUGCAGGACCCUGUACUUGCCUCGGGGGCGCCAGAGACGCUGCCCGUGCCGCCAGUGGUCGAGCAGGCGCCUGCGUCUGUCCCUAUUCCCCUGCCGAGCGGUGCCGAGGCGGUGCCUACGACGCCUGCGAGUGGCCUUGGAUCUGCUCCGAGUGAUAUUGUCACUCCCGCGAGCGCGACGACUGCUACGAAGGCGGCGCCUGUGCCGGCGGCUGCCGCGGCGCCUGCUGUACCUGCCGCCUCCGAGGCGACGUCCGUGUCGGAGACCCGUCGUCCCAACCGUCUGCAGCUGAUUGACGAAGAGCAGCAUUUCCAUGCACAAGCCUUCCAGAAGCAGCUGUCGGACUGGGGUAUGGCCGAUGUCGGUUUUGGCUAUGACAUCUGUGCCGUGCUUGGCUCGCAGUCGACCGGCAAGUCGACGCUUCUCAACAAGCUCUUCGGCACAAACUUUGACGUGAUGGACGAGCGCGCUCGUCAGCAGACAACCAAAGGUAUUUGGCUGUGCCGUGGCAUGGACCGUAACGUGCUUGUGAUGGAUGUCGAAGGCACCGAUGGCCGUGAGCGCGGCGAGGACCAAGACUUUGAGCGCAAGUCGGCGCUCUUUGCGCUGACCACGGCCGAGUGUCUCAUUGUGAAUAUGUGGGAGAAUCAAGUGGGCCUGUACCAGGGUGCCAACAUGGGCCUGCUCAAGACGGUGCUGGACGUGAAUCUGUCUCUGUUCCAGGCCGGCCGUGCGCGUGCCGGUGCGUCGCACGACAAGACGCUCCUUCUCUUUGUGAUCCGUGACUUUAUCGGUGCGACGCCCCUCGAAAACCUCCAGGCGACGGUGCUCGCUGAUCUGGACCGGAUUUGGGCGAGUCUGAGCAAGCCUGCGAACCUUGCCGAGGCGAAGCUGAGUGACUUUUUCGACGUGAUGUUUACGACGCUGCCCCACAAGAUGCUGCUCGCGCGCGAGUUUGACAUGGCCGUGGAUGCGCUGCGCACGCGUUUCGUCGACCGCGAAGACCCCAACUACGUCUUCCAGACGCAAUACCACAAGCGCAUCCCCAUUGACGGUCUGCCCCACUACCUCGAAGGCGUGUGGGACCAGGUGGUGCAGAACAAGGACCUCGACUUGCCCACCCAGCAGGAGCUCUUGGCGCAGUUCCGCUGCGACGAGAUUGCCGAGGCGGCAUCGAGCCACUUCCUCACCGCCGUGCUGGCCCUGCGCAAGAUUUUGGAUGCAGGCAAGGUCCACCCCACGCUAGGCUCCGAGAUGGCGACGCACCGUGGCGCGGCGCUUGCGGCCUUUGACAAGGAUGCGAGCCGCUACCACCAAGGUGUCUAUUCCAAGAAGCGCGCCGAGCUCCUCUCCAAGCUCAACACCGCGCUGCUCCCCAGCGUGCUUGCGCAGCUUAAGAACUUGCACUCGCAGCUUACGCAAGGAUUCCGUUCGGCGGUUGUCGAUGUGAUCCGCAACACGUCGCAGUACAACUUUGGCCAGGUGGUGCGUGAGCAGCACGAGUCUGCGCUGCGCCAGUUUGACGAGACGACGCAUGCGAUGCUCCUCCCCGAUACCGACUGGAGCGUCGCGGAGGAGCGCGCGCAGCUCGAGACCGAGAUCCAAGCCGCCUCGGUCACGCUGCGUGCCGACGAGUGCAAAAAGAUGGUGACGCAGGUCCAGCGCGAGGUGCGCAAAGGCCUUGCCGAGCCGGUUGAGCUUGCGCUGAGCCGCCCCACGCCCAAGAUGUGGGACGAGGUGCUCGGUGCGUACAACCGCGUGAUGGACGACGCGACGGCGAUCUACUUGCAGCGUGCGACGACCUUCAACUGCACGCCGGAAGAAGACGCGGCGGGCGUGCACGCGCUGCAGCGCGUCGGCUGGCAGCAGCUCAUGACCAAGGUGCACGAGCAGACGGCCGAGGCAGUGCUUUCGCUGCGCCUGCGCGCCAACUUUGAGGAGCGUUUCCGCUACGACCAGGACGGCGUGCCGCGCGUCUGGAAGCCGACCGACGACAUUGACGGCGUGUUUGUCCAAGCGCGCGACGCGACGCUGCGUCUCAUUCCCCUCUAUGCGCGCAUCGCGCCGACGGACGCGGCGCUCCUCGACAAAAUCAAGGCGAGCGAGCAGGACCCCGCCUACCUUGCCGCCGUACGUGCCGGAGAGGAGGAGCCGCUGGAAGUCGAGCAGUCGCUUCAGGUGCUGAGCGAGCUGCAGAGUACCGAUAUCGGCGCGCGUUUCCGCAAGGAUGCCGACGCCUUCUACGUCGAGGCGAAGCGCAGCACGGUGUCGAGCAUGUCGCAGGUUCCUCUGUGGAUGUACGGUGUGCUGAUCGUCCUGGGCUGGAACGAAAUGAUGGCGGUGCUACGGAGCCCUGUGUACUUUACGCUGCUGUGCAUGCUCCUGGCCGGAGCAUAUGCCGUGUGGCGCCUCAACCUCAGUGGGCCGCUGCUCACGGUCGCCACGUCGCUCACGCGCGAGGUGCAGACGAUGGUCGAGGAUCAGCUGCGUGCCUAUCUUGUGCCGCCUGCCGCCGCGCAGGUUCCCCCCCUGCGCAGCGAGCAGCACGAGCUGCAGGAGCGGCGCAGGGAGCCCACCGCUGUAGCGCAAUAG